AAUAUUUGUAUCGUGCAUACCUAAAAAUACAGUCGAACUACAAUGAAAUUUUGUUCUUUCGAAUAUAAAUUGUAAAAUGACCAGUCAAAUUUUAUUCUUUAUAGUCCUAUGUGUAAAUUGCUCGUACACUUUUCAAGUAAAGUGUGAAGACAACACAACGAAAACAACUGGAGGAAUAGCGGUAUGGAAAUUUCGAGGCGUUCGUUAUACAACAUCCGAAGAUUAUCUAUGUUGGAAGGAAAAUUGGAAACUUUUUUUACGUGAAUGCGAUACAAAAACCGGUCAAUGGCUACCAGAAAAAGUAGUUUGCCGGCAACAAAAUAAAAAAAAUCAAUAUUGCCCAGAAAACUUGAUGGAAAUCUAUAAUGAUGAUGAAAGCGACUAUCUUUGCCUUAAAAUUUCACCAAUGCCACAUAAAUAUGAUGACGCAUUUUGUUAUGGAUCAAAUGCAAUUGUACCAUCAGAUCUUUCAAAAUCUCAGUUGUCAAAUCUUUUAUUGUAUCUAUUUCAUAGAAAUAUCAAGGAAUAUUGGUUACCAUUCCGACGGGAUGAUAAUACUAUGCCAGUCAAGAUAAGAUUGCCAGGUAAACAUUGGGGGAAAGUUGUCGAUGACGAUAAAAUGAAAAUCUUGGAUUUUAACUCUAAUCGUAAUUGCAUGUCAGCACAAUAUAUCAAUAGUCAUUUAAAAAAAAAGGACGCUGAACCUAAUAUAAUUAUGAAAGAUUGUCAAGAAAUGCUGCACUCGAUUUGCCUAUUUCAAGACAAUUUUAUAGCAGCUUCAGGGUGCCCUAAAGGUUUCAGAGCACUUAGCUAUCGACCUAAUGAAUGCUAUGGUGUACGCAAAACGAAAUCCCCUUUUGUAGAGAAUAUGAAAAUUUCACUAAUGGAAUAUUUUCAAAAUCGUAAUAUUCUGAGGAGAGUGUUAAAAAAAACUAUACCAAAAAUAAAACAUGACCAAUUCUUUGAAGUUGAUCGGUAUUUCGACGAUUCUGCCGAUAGCUAUGUGAUUCUUAUGAACCGGAAUGAAAAAGUGAAAGUUGAAAAUCAAUCUUCAGAUAAUUUGCCGAUACUAUACAAAGAAAUAGUUAAUCUUGAAUUUAACACUGUUCAGUUGAUAUUGAAAAUAGAUAUUGAACUAGAUAUGUUAAUUUUAAUAGUUUAUAACCGCGAAUAUAUUUGGCGAAUAGGUGAUCAUGAUGGUAUAAAGUGCUUUACAAAUGCUGAUUAUGAUCUUCUGCGAGAAACAAAUAUCAAUUUGAUUUGGGAAAAUGAAAAUAACACAAAGUCUAUUUAUAAAGUAAAUCUGGUUGGAAAAGACCCAGGGGAAUAUUGGUGUGAAUGCCACACGAUUCAAAAUUUUCAAUUAGUUAUCAGCUCAAGAGUAGUGACUUCAAAAGAAACCCGCGGCCACACGUUUUCUGUAAAAUUAAAUAUGACGUGCAUGAGACAUUCAAAAUUUGACUUGUGCAGUAAUAUCAUGCAGAAAAAUAUCAAACGAAUUGCAAAACAUGACCACGAAGAACUACGAAAAUUAAGUAAAGCAAUUUCACCCCAACUUAUCUUACACAACACGCGAAUAAUGACAAUAGAAAUGCUCGCAUCAAACUACACAAUUUACUGGAUUCAUAUAACAGCCUCUCUCAUGAACUCAGCGGUAGACAACAGUGAAGAAGACAGUAAUGAAGAACGCGAUAGCCUAGAAAAUGAACAACGCAUCAGGCACGAUACUUCUGUAAGGAUGAAAGUUUGGCGACUAUUGCAGAAGUUGUUAUUAAUUUACAAUGUCGAUCGUAAAACUUUAGUACGCAGUACAGAAUAUUGUUUCCCAGAAUUGGUUAAUACGAAUAGCGAUGAAAUAUUUGUAUGGAAUCAAGCACUCAGAGGACAGAUGGCAACAUUAUCUACGUUAUGUCUCCAAAACAAUGGAAUGCCAUUAACGCGUAAGUGUCUAGGCAAUUUUACAUACGGUGCUUAUUGGGAAGAGCUUAAAGAAAAGGUAUUGUGCCAAUGUAAAAAUGAGAAAUGCCAAAUAACAAAAACGCUGUACAGCUUGCAGAACUCAAAUAUAACUAGGGAGUUCCCAGAAAAGACUGUAAAGGAAUUAAAAAGUAUUAUACAAAAAAAUGCAAAUAAGUUGUUGCCUGCAGAUAUUCAUUAUACCGCAAAUAUUUUGCAGUCAUCAGUAAAAUACAUUCAGAAGAACUUGAAUGGAAACGUUUCAGAAAAGAAUAAUCUUACCGAUGUGAUUAAAUACACUGCACAUGAUAUUGUAGAGAUAUACAAUUAUAUAGUAAAUGUAAAGAAAAGUACUAUAAGGAUAUCAGCUACGUUAAAUUCUACAAACAAAUUACUAGAGGCCAUUGAAACCACAAUUAACACCUUGGCGGUACAAACAUCUGAGAAUAUUGCAAAUGCAACGUCAGACGAAACUGAUGUCGCACCAAUGGACCUUGAAAUAUUGGAAUAUGUGGAUAUCGGAGUUACUGCAAAAGUUUCGUGCAACUUUCUCUAUUUUAUUAUAAAUCCGUAUGUAGCAAAUAUUUCGGGGAUUGCCAUAUUUCAGAAUGAUAACUUCACAGAUAUUCCCCAUAUAUUAAAUGGAGCGUUUAAGCACCAACAUUUUCGAUUCUUACAGUCAUCUCACGAUAUUCAAGAACUUGUUUCGGAGCCAAAUUUGGAAUUUGCUACAUAUCUACCAGAAAAACUUUUGGAUAACUUAAAUAGAAUUUUAAACACUGUAAAUGUUACCGAAAAAAUUAAGACAAGCAUUGUUAUUAAAAUUUAUUCAAAUGACAAGCUUUUUCAAGCCCAAGGUAUCCACGAUCGACGAGCUGUAAUUGGUAUGGUAGUAUCAAUCUCCUUACCUGGUCAUAGUACACAGUUACCGGAAAAUCUGCCAAUAGUCUUUCGUACUCAAAAAAAUGAGUUUUUAAAAGAUAAUAUUAGUACUGAGACAGAUCCGUGUAGAUACUGGAAUUACGAAAAUUGGGCCCAAGACGGAAUUUGGCUAGACCUAAGAAUUCAAGAAACUCAUCAAGAUAUUGUAAUAUGCCAAGUGAGCCAUUUAACACCCUUUGCCUAUUUAGUAGGGUUUAACAUUACUAAUGUUGACGAUGAUAUUGAGUUCAGUAGUCGACAGGUUCACGAUCAAGUCUUAGAUAUUAUAACGGUGAUAGGUUGUUCACUAUCACUUCUGGGUAUAUGUGGAAUUUUUAUUACGGCUGCAACAUUUCAGUCUUGGCGACAAAAACCUUCAUCCAAAGUGCUCCUACAACUUUCGGCUGCAAUCGCUUUAGAAAUGAUAAUCCUUUGCUUUGUCAGCACAGAGAAAUAUUCUCUACACUUAAUUAUAAAUAAGAUUAUACCAAGUUGCGUGACUAUUGGAGCUUUUCUGCACUAUUCUGUUUUGGUACAGUUUUUCUGGAUGAUGGUAAUUGCAUACCUACAAUUUAAAAGGUAUGUUCAAGUAUUUGGCCGUACUCGACCAACAAGAUUCUUAAUGAAAUCAACCCUAUUUUGCUGGGGUUUGCCCCUUUUACCAGUCAUUCUUGUCGUUCUGCUGGAUCACAAUUCUUUUGGUAAAGGCGGUAUUUGUUAUCCUUCAGGGUAUGCACUUUACUUCGGCGUAAUUUUACCUAUAGCUGUGAUUAUCAUAGCAAACUUUAUAAUAUUUUGUCUUAUUAUACACAAUAUAUUAGUGAGUACCACCAAUCCAUCCAUUCGACACACUGAAAAAACUGUUGUAAUAUACCAGAUCCGAUUAUCGGUUUUAUUAUUUUUCUUAUUGGGAUUCACAUGGUUUUUUGGGUUUUUGUCAACAAUGAAAGCGGGUAUUUUAUUUUCAUAUUUAUUUUGUCUCACUGCCACAUUGCAAGGGUUUGUUAUAUUUUUAUAUUUUAUUAUCUUGGAUCCAGUUACGCGUAGAAUGUGGAGCCAAUACUUUUAUAAACUUUGUUCAAUUGAAAACAACGUAAUUCACAGUACGAGUCUUAAGGAUACCACUGAUACAUCUUAAUCAAUGUAAAUUUAAAUAAUUCUUAUUGUUUUAAAAUUUAAUUUCGAUUGGUGUUUAUUUAAUAAAAAUUAAUCAUAUUUGUGGAUUUAAAUAAAAGAAUUGUAAAAAUUCAUUCAACUAUUGAUUUUGCAUAGAACACAAUACUGUUUUUUAUUUACUAUUACUGGAAUAGAGCGCAUAAGUUGAGUGUAACUUAACAACGAGAAGAAAAUCUGACACUAAUUAUAGCACCAUUCUCGAAUAUAAUAGGUUUGAGUUUUGUUGGGUGUAUGUACAUAUGUAUGUAAGUGUAUACGGUAUACAUAUACAUGUAUCAUGUAAUCCACUAAUUUAAUGUUUGUAAGUUUACGCAAUCAAACUUUAUUUUCACAUCCAAGUAGAAAUUAUUUAAAAAUAAUUUUAGCUUUGGUUGACAAUCUGGUAAACUUCAUUCAUCCUUUAAUCCGAUCUCACGGUGCAAGUCAAGUGUCGAUAUUUUCGGUGUCCUUAAAUCAAAUAUAUCGAUAAUGUAUUGCUAAAUCUAAAUCACUAAUGCCAGCCAUGCACCCUUUCAGCGAUUUGAAGCUGAAUACCAUAACUUUUGAUGUUAAUUGCGCAGUGUUUCUGGACUUCUGAACUCCCUUGGCAAGCCAAGCCAUUUCUAACAGAUGUACGCAGCAGAGAACGGCACGGGUAUACACACUCAACCGAUGCACCGGUUACUCAUGUGCUCGAUAUACUUGCACUCAUAAGUGUGAGUAGCCAAAAAUACACACACUCAUGAACCUUAUACUCAUGAGCAAUAAGUGUAUCGAAAGGCUUAUACUCAUGAGUGUGAGUAUCAAGAAAGGCCCGACACUUAUUGUGCAAGUGCCGAGGCAUACUCGGCAAUUUG